UGCUGUGCGACGGUGGGGAUUGUGCAGUCAGCCUUUGCACUGGGGCACGGUGUAAAUGUGCUGCUGCAGCUGCUGACAUUGAGUAGUGAGGCAUAGAGCGAGCUAGAGAGAGAAUCCCAGCCACCAACACAAAGGCAACUGCAGCUGGACUGGCAAGUGACUUGAUCUUCUUAACCCGGGGGUUUGGUGUAUAACUUUGGUUCUUACAAUACCCAUGAACAUACAAAGGUCAACCCCUAUCACAAUAGCGCGAUAUGGGAGACCUCGGAAUAAAACCCAGGAUUUUGAAGAGCUCUCGUCUAUAAGAUCCACCGAGCCAAGCCAGAGUUUUAGUCCGAACCUAGGCUCUCCGAGCCCGCCAGAGACUCCUAACUUGUCGCAUUGCGUUUCUUGCAUCGGGAAAUACUUAUUGUUGGAGCCUCUUGAGGGAGACCACGUUUUCCGAGCGGUGCAUCUGCACAGUGGAGAGGAGCUGGUUUGCAAGGUAUUUGACAUUGGUUGCUACCAAGAGUCGUUGGCGCCGUGUUUUUGUCUACCAGCACACAACAGUAUCAACCAAAUUACUGAAAUAAUUCUUGGGGAGACAAAAGCAUAUGUGUUCUUUGAAAGAGGCUAUGGGGACAUGCAUUCUUUUGUUCGAACCUGCAAGAAGCUUAAAGAAGAAGAGGCAGCCAAACUAUUCUAUCAAAUAGCUUCUGCUGUUGCACACUGUCAUGAUGGUGGACUGGUAUUGCGGGAUCUCAAACUGCGAAAAUUUAUCUUUAAGGAUGAAGAAAGGACCAGAGUAAAAUUGGAAAGUCUAGAAGAUGCUUAUAUUUUACGAGGGAAUGAUGACUCUCUUUCUGAUAAGCAUGGAUGCCCGGCCUAUGUGAGUCCAGAGAUCUUGAACACAAAUGGCAGCUACUCUGGCAAGGCAGCAGAUGUAUGGAGUCUAGGUGUCAUGCUUUACACAAUGUUAGUUGGACGCUAUCCUUUCCAUGAUAUUGAGCCUAGUUCUCUCUUCAGCAAGAUCCGUCGUGGGCAGUUUAACAUUCCAGAGACUCUAUCCCCCAAGGCAAAAUGCCUUAUACGUAGCAUACUGCGCCGGGAGCCUUCGGAACGGCUGACUUCACAGGAAAUUCUGGACCAUCCCUGGUUUUCUACAGAUUUUAAUGUAUCUAAUUCGGGGUACGGUGCUAAGGAAGUAUCGGAUCAGCUGGUGCCUGAUGUCAACAUGGAAGAAGAUUUGGACCCAUUCUUUAACUGAGCACAAAGACUGGUGUUCAGAAGGUACAAUGUCCUAGAAAUGGCUACAUGAAGGAGUCCUUCCUGACAGUGUGAAAUCACAUCCUGCAUCAGCCUAGCUUGGUAGCAAAAGACACUUGGAGUUCCUUAGUUUGAGAAGGAAUCUCCGCCAGGAGCUAAUAUAACAAAUGUAGCAUGGGGACAGAUUUGGGGGGGAGGGAGCCUUGCUAUCAGGUUAGAUUGAUUUGGCGGGGAGGAGACGGCAACAUGGAACAAUUGUAGCUUCUUACCUUUUGGAGCCAAGGAGACUGCAAAUGCCAAUUCUGGUGCAGCUGUAUCACUCCUGCUUCUGUUUCAUUAAAAUAGUUUCACAAGUAGAGAAACUUUUUGCCUCAACACGCAUCUUGGCAUCGCACUGUUAAAUAUUUAACUUCAGUCAUUAUUCAGGGAAAGUACAAUUGGCUAGUGUGUUUUUUAGUUUUGUUUUGUUUUUUUAAAUCUGAUGUCUGAUGGUUAAUGGGGAUUCAUUUGAGAAGAAAAUUAGAUGCACAUAGAUGGACAUGAAAAGUGGGUGCUAAAAAACAAACAAGUUCAGUUCAUGUCUCUUGAUAGCUAUUUUCAAUUCAUAUUUCUUCUAAAUAAACUACUUAAUAUUCUUGUCAGGAAAUGACAUUUUAAUGCUUUGUUCCCUUAAGGGGAAGUAACUGUCAUAUAACAAGCUGUUCUGUUUUGUGUCAAAUGGUUUGUUGCGGGAAGCUAUUAUAAUUCAAACUUCCAGAUGCAUUACUGCUAUAAUAGUAAAAGAAGAAAAGAAACCUAUAUUAUUUU